UACUCGAUGAUCCAGACACCUUAUAAAACGUUUCUGAAAUGUUUUCUAUGGGGUGCAGGAGUUGGUUUUAAUUAUAACUAGAACCUAGAUUUGCUCAUGGACAUUUGGCAUAUUAUAUAAGCUAAGCAAGAUUAGAAUACGUACGAGAAUAAUAUUCAAAAUGGAUGAGUUAACAGCAGCCCUUGCAUCAAGUUUUGCAGUCAGCAGUGACCCAAACACAACAGCUGCAGAGCACCCUAGAUAUGCUUUGUAUAAAAAUAAAUCUUCACAACAGACACAGGAAGACAGACGACAGAAACUUUUAGAAAUUCAGAAAAGUCGGAGAUUUGAUUUCAUGUCACAUGCCCGUAAUUUAGCAGAAGGCAGUUGGACAGCUCCUGGAGGGUCCGAGGUGACAUCUCCAGAAGAUGAGGAAGAAGGUAUGGAUGUGGAAAUUGUUCUGAAGAAACCAAGUCGCUCUUUUAAAAAUCAGUUAAUGUAUUCAGAAUGGUUGGUGGAGGUACCAGAUGAUUUUGGAGAAGAAUGGGUAACAGUACUAUGUCCAGUAGCCAAAAGAUGUCUAGUUGUUGCUUCAAAGGGAAAUACUCGUGCUUAUACUAAAGGUGGAUAUUGUUUACAUACAUUUCCUUCUUAUUUACCAGGUGGUAAUCGUAAACAGAGUUGUAAAUAUUCUGAUUAUACAAUAUUAGAUUGCUUAUAUAGUGAAACACAAGGUAUAUAUUUUAUAUUAGAUAUUAUGUGUUGGAGAGGACAUCCAGUUUAUGACAGUGAAGCAGAGUUUCGGUUUUACUGGCUUCAAAGUAAGAUAGAAGAAACCCCAGAAGUGCUCCAAGUUUCUCCAUCAAACCCAUUUAAAUUUGUGCCAUUGCCCAAUUUCCCAUCUAAACCAGAAGCAAUUGGUAUAGCAAUGACAACAGCUAAUUUUGAGAUUGAUGGGUUGUUGUUCUUCCACAAAAAAUCACACUAUAUAAUCGGUUCCACACCGCUUGUUGUUUGGUUAAAACCUUAUAUGGUGCCAGAAAUAAUUGGCAUCCCUAUUCCUCAACAAAUAAUGAAAAAAAUACCGGCUUCUUAUGUCAAUUAUAAAACACAUAUUGAAGAAGUUAAAAAUACAAAACAAAUGAACAAGAAUCCACCUUCAAUGAGAGACUCCAAAGCGAGUCCAAAUAAUCCUGCCCCUAAAAAAGAAAGAGUUAUUUUGUCAAAAGGUCAGAAAAAAUCAAGAAAGAAUCAACGACGGAAAUCGGCAGGUGAUUCUAUGGAAGUGGCUAGUGGUGUGCAACAGGAAGCUGUUGAAACUGUUCCUACAGAAAUGGGAGACUGUAGAAAUAAUCCGGUGCCCCCUACUCAGUGAUUCUUAAUGAGUGAUAGAAUAGAAAGACUUGUACUCGUCAAUGUGCUUUUAAAAUCACUUCAAGUGAUAAAGUUAUUAUUCAUUACUGUAGAGGUUGUUACAUACAGUACAUCACAUCCUUUUCACUGAACAUAGCUGAUUAGAAAUUACAAUAAAAAAUUUAAAAUUUGAAUGUAAAUUAGUUUAUAUAAAUUAAUAUAUUGUGCUUUUCAAAAAAUUUUCGUUCAUUUUAAGGUUCCAAAGUAUAGAAGGUUAGCACCUUUAAAUAAAAAAAUUAUCAUUUUGUGUUUUAGGCAAUAAUGGCACACAAAUUAAGUAAGAUGUGAUUCAUUAAAAGUUCCUGAUUUUUAUAUCCCCAACUGCAGAUUUUUAUAGCCGAAUUUUCAUUAUCCUAAUAUUUUGCCUAUCUCUGGUCUGUAUGUAGGUAUGUUCAGACAGUUAUUUCAAAUUAUGUUGAUUGCAUCUCAACAAGAAUCCACCUUCAAUGAGAGACUCCAAAGCGAGUCCAAAUAAUCCUGCCCCUAAAAAAGAAAGAGUUAUUUUGUCUAAAGGUCAGAAAAAAUCAAGAAAGAAUCAACGACGGAAAUCGGCAGGUGAUUCUAUGGAAGUGGCUAGUGGUGUGCAACAGGAAGCUGUUGAAACUGUUCCUACAGAAAUGGGAGACUGUAGAAAUAAUCGGGUGCCCCCUACUCAGUGAUUCUUAAUGAGUGAUAGAAUAGAAAGACUUGUACUCGUCAAUGUGCUUUUAAAAUCCCUUCAAGUGAUAAAGUUAUUAUUCAUUACUGUAGAGGUUGUUACAUACAGUACAUCACAUCCUUUUCACUGAACAUAGCUGAUUAGAAAUUACAAUAAAAAAUUUAAAAUUUGAAUGUAAAUUAGUUUAUAUAAAUUAAUAUAUUGUGCUUUUCAAAAAUUUUUCGUUCAUUUUAAGGUUCCAAAGUAUAGAAGGUUAGCACCUUUAAAUAAAAAAAUUAUCAUUUUGUGUUUUAGGCAAUAAUGGCACACAAAUUAAGUAAGAUGUGAUUCAUUAAAAGUUCCUGAUUUUUAUAUCCCCAACUGCAGAUUUUUAUAGCCGAAUUUUCAUUAUCCUAAUAUUUUGCCUAUCUCUGGUCUGUAUGUAGGUAUGUUCAGACAGUUAUUUCAAAUUAUGUUGAUUGCAUCUCAAGAUUAUCUGCCAAUUAUUUAUCAAUCUGAUUACAAUAGAGAUGUAUAUUUCGUUUCGUUUUUUUAUACUUUCGAUGGCCUCUACUACAUGAAGAUCAGACCAAUUGUAGUGGGAGGUCAUGUCAGAGGUCACUUUUGACCUUAUGAUGUCAGACAUUUGAUUAACCAAUCAGCGUUGAUGUUUCUGUGUGGUUACCCACAGUUUCGUGCAACUCAUGCCAAAAACUUGCCGUAAGAGACCGUUUUAUUGGCUAAUCCCUCACAUCAUUCAGAACGCAAGUUAUAUAACAACUCUUCCAGAUCUUAGUGCAGUAAAGACAAGUAAAACAAAAUUUAGAACUAUAAAAAACGAAACGAAAUGGAUCUGUUUUAAUUAGAUUGAUUAUUUAUCAUACAUUGAACAUAUUAUACAUAGAUGGUGAAUGUACUAAUAUUAUCAGAUAUAUUCCUUAAGAAAAGGGGGGGGUUGGGUGGUCGAAUGGUUAGCACGCUCGCGCUGUAUCAUAAGGCCUGUCAUUGAGUCAACUGGCGUGGUUUCGAAUCCCCGGUUGUACGUGACAAGGAGUAGGGUCGCCUGUCCAACCUCGUGGGUUUUCUCCAGGUCCUCCGGUUUCCUCCCACUGCUAAAGACCCCUACGCGCAAGCGAAUUAUUGAAAUAAAAUUAAACCAUAUGUUAGUCCCGAAAUGACCUAGUUUGUGUCGAGUGGACGUUAAACCCCAUUUCUCUCUCUUUCUCUCUCCCUUAAGAAAAGGAAUGUAAUUGUUAAUGUGAAAAAAGUUCAAACAGAACAUUAUUCAUUAUGUUAAUGAUUGUUAUCAAAACAUUAAAUAUCAUAUUUCAUUGUCA